AUGGUUCAACAGGGAUUCUCUAUUGACCUCAUUCUAGCAAGGAGUAAAGAGAAGGCAGCAGAUGGAAAGGACUCCAUGAGCUCUAGGCCCCACAUACCUUGUGCCCCACAACCACUGCCCCCAACCAAAUAUGCCAAGGAGAUGCCAAGGAGAAAGGAUGGACAAGAUGUACAAGAACAUACCACAAGCUUCCAGUGCUCCUUAGGGGAACAAGGGAACAAGCUGCAGUAUUUCAGUCCUUCCCCAGCUGCUCUGCACAGGACUUGGGGGAGCUCGGAUGAAUUCUCCUCGGCGGGUUCAGAAGAUGACACUAAUGAGUGUUCUCCCAGGCCAGUGAGAAAUUUCCAGGACACUGACCACAAUGGGAAAAGUACCAAAUCGGAUCGCCGGCUGAGAACAGCAUUCAGCCCCCAGCAGAUCAGCAAACUGGAACAGGCAUUCAACAAGCAGAGAUACCUUGGGGCAUCUGAAAGGAAAAAGCUGGCAACAUCCCUCAUGCUCUCUGAAAUACAGGUCAAAACCUGGUUCCAGAAUCGACGGAUGAAACUGAAGAGGCAGAUACAAGACCAGCAGCACAGCUUGGUUCCUCCUCCCGUCUGUUACCCCCAGACCUUCCCUUAUUACCCUGGUGGCUUUCCUGUCCCAUUAAACAGUGGAAGCUUUUAUCAGCCCCGGGCACUUCCAUUCCAGGCCCCACAGCAUUCAUAUAUUCCAGAUCAGCGCUUUAUUCCCCAGCCGCUCCCCCACCAUGUUAGGAUGAGCGGCGCUCUCCAGGAACAAUACCCACCACUCUUUCGGGCUCAGUACAUAUAAACUACAGCUCUGGAACUAAGGAACAUUGUUUUAGUGGGCUUUGUUGUUUAAGUUAUGAACUAGAACUAUAUUGUAUUUAUUUGUAAAUAGCUGAUACAGAAUUUAAAGUAAUGUAUAUAGUUUUACCUGUACAGUAAAUUAAAAUCUUUUUAGAAAACUUGGUCAAAAUAAAAAACUUGGUCAUA